GGAACACAGAGUGGAGUGGUCGCCGGAGAUGCCUGAAGGUCUGUUCUGAGGAGCGGCUAGCAGCGCGAUGGAGCGGGCCAGGGACCGCUUACACCUGAGACGGACCACGGAGCAGCACGUACCAGAGGUGGAAGUACAAGUCAAACGUAGAAGGACAGCCUCACUGAGCAACCAAGAGUGUCAGCUCUACCCAAGGCGAUCUCAGCAGCAGCAAGUACCUGUGUUGGAUUUCCAGGCGGAAUUGAGACAGGCAUUCUUAGCAGAGACACCAAGAGGUGGUUAAAGCAGUAUUGGAACAUCCAGGUUAGCUGAUUUCCAAGUGAAAAACCAGUGUAGUUGAAUCAGCUGAUAAUGUAUCAGUGUAUUUGAUUC